AUGAAUAGUAAUUUUAAUAACGGUACUAAUCCUUCAUCUCCACCUCCUUCGAUAAGUCUUACACCAUCGAAUUCCUAUAAGAACACGGGACAGUCAAGGAGCAGAUCAGGGACGUUGCCGUCGUCGUUUUUGAGUGCAGGUGGUGCAAUGGGUAAUGCGGGAUCGUUGUUGGAAGAGAAUGAUGCAAUGACUAAUUCAACUGGUUCGUUGGCAAAAAGCUACAACUCGGAAUCGUUGUGUUUGCCUACUAUGGAUUCUAUUUCGCUUGCAGUGUCAUCAUCACCAAAUAGCCAAGCGGUAGACAUUCCGAAUGGGGGAAACAGCAACUCAAGAAGGAUGAGAUCAGGGUCAUUGUUUUCGACCAAUUCAAUCUGGAAUGACGAUACUUUAUCGCUUCAUUCACCGUCACAUACUGGCACAAAUAUGUUAGAUAAUUUUGAUCUCAACAGUACUGCUCCAAAUGCUAAUGAUAAUAAUGGCAGUACGAACGGCAAUAAUAGUUUCAUAAGCCCAGUACUUAAUGCGCAAAAAUCUACGGUAUCGCAUCAUAACGAUACAAAUCCGUCGAGUACGCCUACAUCUGCUAAUAACAAUGUGAAUAUGGAUACUACUAAUAACCAGAGAUACAGGUCAUAUACGACUACUGCAGCUGUACCAAAUGUGAGCUCAUCUUCAAUAUCUUUAUCGAGUAAUUCUUACUCAAUGGAUCCGAUGAACUCAAAUAUGAUGAGUAAUUCUCCAUUUACUCCUAACAAGACAAAUGACAUAAAUGCAUUAUUAGACAAUUUAAUGAUUAAUAUGAAUCAUCCUAAUUCGAAUAAUACGAGACAUAGAUCUCAAACCUAUUCCGGUACUACCCCAGUAUUGCAUGAGUCUAGUAUUCAACUGCAAUUACCACAUCAACAACAGCAUCAAGAGCAGCUAUUAGCGCAAAACUUAUUCCAACAAAAUCCUCAACAACAUACAAACCAGGUUUUGGGACAAAAGCCUUUAUUGCAAGAUGAUUUUGUGUUGUCUCAAUUAAUGAUUACGACUUCGUUCGAGAAUCCGAAAUUGGGUCCAACCAAGAAUAUUUUGUUCGACAAUUUGCCGCAAUUUAUCGAUUCAGUAAAAUUGUGGUCCCUAUUAAAUAAUUCGUUGGGCAAUAAUAGAUCAUUGGGAAGUAUAAAAAGUGUGAGAAUUUCUUCAACAAGUACGUCUAAAUUGGCAUUGAUAGAAUGUACUUCUGUCGAUUUGGCAAUGACUUUGAAAGCUAGUUUUAACCACUUAGAAUUAGUCCCAGGAGUUGUCUUAUACGUGGCAUUUGCAAAAUUUGUUGAAAAUUCAAAUGGCAGCGCAACUAGUAAUGAGGCAUCAUAUACCAGUGGGAAUCCUAGUUCCACUACACCAUUACAGUCGUCUUCACUGAAAAAUGGCGGGGUUCGUUCAGUUCAUGAAACCUCAAAGCCUUCACCUACUGAUUUAUUAUCUAUCCAAGAGAAUUUAAUCGCAGCAAUUAAUAGAUUAUCAAGUUCUAGUAAAGUUGUUGAUUUAAAUAAAAUCGUUUCGAUAAUUAGCAAGUCAAUUUCUUAUCCAAAUGAAAAUUAUCAAGAUAACUUUGGUCCGUUGCCUGACCCAAUUCCCUUACGUCAAUUCGACUCACCUAAGCUAAGAGAAUUGCGUAAAAUUUUAGAAAAUAGUGAACAGCUACCAUCUCAGGCAUCUGGUGCUAACAACGCAUCAGAUUCCGAAGACAACGAAAUAUCUAAUAAAGUAAUGAGUCAAUUAGAAUUAGAAGAAUUAUGUCUAGCAAUGUUGGAUGAAUUACCAGAGUUAUGCUACGAUUAUCUUGGUAAUACUAUAGUACAGAAGAUUUUCGCAGUUGUUGAAUCUCCCCUUAUCAAAUUAAUGAUGGUAAAGGAAAUUACACCUUUUUUGACGCAAUUAAGUAUUCAUAAGAAUGGUACGUGGGCAAUUCAAAAGAUUAUUAACUUAUGCAACGAAGAUUAUCAACAAAAAUAUCUUAUUGGUGCAAGCUUAAAGCCGUAUGCGGUUAAAUUAUUCAACGAUCAGUUCGGUAACUACGUUUUGCAGGGUUGUCUUAAGUUUUCUUCUCCAUUCAAUGAUUUUAUGUUUGAAACCAUGUUAGAUAAUUUCCUUGAAAUUAGUUUUGGUAGAUUUGGCGCAAGAUGUAUCAGAACUAUUUUAGAAACAGCAAACGAAAGUGACGUAAUUUCAAAUGAACAAGUAAUACUAGUCGCUGGAUUGAUUGUUGAGUUCGCUAAUGAAUUGGUUGUUAAUAAUAAUGGUUCUUUGUUAAUUACCUGGUUCUUAGACACAUUUAAUGGAUGCGGUGCCAGUAAAGACAAUAGAUUUGAGUUAUUGACUGAAAAGUUUUUGCCCAAUUUAGAAAAAUUGUGUACUCACAAGUUAGCCAAUUUAACAAUUUUAAAAAUUUUAAAUAAUAGAUCUGAUCUUAACCUGAAGCAGAUUAUUAUGGAUUCUAUAUUCGGUAAAUUUGAAGAAUCUGAAGAUGAUUUUAAUAGGCCUCCUUCAAAGCUAUUGGAAUUCAUUCUUAGCGAAAACCAGGAAAAUUCAGCAGGUCCAUUAUUUGUUUAUAAGAUUUUAUCCAAUCCUUUGAUGUUAACUGUCAACGAUGAGAAUGAUUCAGACAAAAAUUCUAAAUACCAGCAAUUCAUUAUACAACAAAUUAGAAGAAUUCUUUUAGAAGUAAACGUUACUAAUUUUCAGGCUUAUAAGAAGUUGAUGGAUGAGGUUGGAUUGUCUACGACAAGGUUGAACAGAUCUACCUCUAUAGGAAGCAGAAGGAGUAAAAGAGGAGGUCGUGCUAACUCUAACUCAAAUAAAGUUCCACUGGCUCAAUCUCAAGUAUCUCAGCAACAUAUAAUUAAUCCAAUGGGGUAUUUAGUUGGACAAGGUGUUCCAGUACAAAAUGCAUCUGCUAGUCACCAUUAUGCGCUACCACCUCAAAUUUCUCAACAUCAACAGCAGCACCACCAGCAUCAACCACAGCAACAAGGGUAUCCUAUGAUGAUGCCUCCUCAAAUGAUGAUGUCCAUGACUAACCAACCUCAGACCAAUAUAGGUCAACAGCAGCAUGCUGCUCAACCACAACAAUUAAACCAACAACAACAGCAUGAUAUGGCUGUCAUGCAGCAAUUGGAACAACUAUCUUUAAGUUCUGCAGCUUUAGGAUAUAAUUCCAACCCAGGUACACCUGGAGUAAGUACCGGACAAAGAAAUCUGUUUUUCUAA